AUUAAGAUUGUGAUUUGAUUUACUUAAUGAAAUUGUAGUUUAUUAUUAUGAUAAAUAAAAUAUCUGUGAUGUGUGCAAUUCGUACAUAAGAGAGCGGUUGCAGAAAAAUUCACCACGAAAUGCAUAUCUGCAACUUUGUGUCAUGAAUUUGUCAGAAUGUGUUUGUGUGUUCGUUAUUGUGAAUGGUCAUGUAUAAAAUAUAUAUGGCAUCUAAUUUCACGCAGAAAGAUAUAAUUUUGCAAGAGCAUAAAUUUUUGUGAAGCGGUAUAUAAUUUAUACAUUUUUUAAAUUUUUAUUGGCGGAUUUUAGAAAUGUAUUAAAAACUUAUUAAAUGUGUGCAGUGAAUUCUAAAAAUUAUAAUUAUACAUUUAAUGUUAUCACUGCUGCCAAGCGCUUUGGCGUCAAUUUUUUAAAGAGAUUUAUACGCUUAGUGUUCUGUACAUACGCGCAUUGUGUUAAUAUUCAUGAAUUGACAAAAGUUAUUUGUUAAUAACUAUUAGAUUGGUUUCAAACGCCUUGUUAUAAGUGCGAAGAAAGUGUUGUGAAAUUUUAAUAAUAUUACAAUAAAUUACUAUCAAGUUGAUUACUAUUAUAUAUUUAAUUUCGCUAUACUCUUCAAAAUGAGAAGAACGUCGAUUAAAUGCGGUAUAUAAAAGUAAUAAUAUUUCUAUAAAAUGGAAGAUAUAGAGUAUUUGGAAGAAUACGAAGAUUUGGUACUACCAGUAAUUAAUUCAAAUACAGGCAUGUCUAAGCAAUCAAAAACUGUUCAGCACCCGGCAGACGGCGAAGAUUCCUCUUCAAUAGAUCAAGAUAUAUUUGAGAGUUUAUUUGAUAGUCGAUCAGAUGACGAAACGGCGGUAGAAAAGAAAGAUCCAAAAUUAAAUCGACGGGAAGAUCGCUCGUCUAUGGAUUCACUUGAUAUGCUAGUAAAAGAUUUGGGAGAGCAACUUCCAACAAGUAGUAACGUAUUAAAUCAAACAGUAGAUAAGAGGUCUCCUAGUAAACCUACGAAAACUAAUGUGAAAGGUCAAACCAAAAAAGCAGGAAAAAAUCAAGAAUUGGAAUCAAAAACCGAUUUAAAAAAUAAAUCUAAUAUUGUGCAUCUUGGAAAAGAUAAAUCUGCAACGGCUGGUAAACCUAUAGAAAAUCAAAACGAACAAGAAUUGAUUUCGUCAACUAGCCGAAGUGGUAACGUUCAAUCAACAUCGAUAAGUCCUAGUUUAGCUACAUCGGCAAAAAAAUUUUCUACAGCUACAUCUUCAACUGGCGUUAACAAAAAGAAAGACCCGGUGCAAACCAUUAUUAAGCCUGAAAAACCUCUUUCAAAAGAUCCAGCAGAUGAUCCAUUAGGUUAGUGGAAACUAUCAGACUCAAAAAUUCAUUACUUUUACUGAA